AUGACGAUUAAGUCGCAAUUACUCUUUAUGAUCUAUGCUGCCCUGAAUAUAUUCUUUGGGAUGGCCAGCAUUGGGCUGCUCACUGUGGUGGCCAUUGAUAGAUAUAUAAGCAUCUGCAGACCUGAUAUAGGCCAGAAGAUGACUACACACUCCUAUACACUGUUGGUUAUGGCUGCAUGGCUCAACGCAGUGUUUUGGUCCACCAUGCCCAUUGUAGGUUGGGCUAGUUAUGCUCCUGAUCCAACUGGAGCCACAUGCACUAUCAACUGGAGGAACAAUGAUGCGUCCUUUAUCUCCUACACGAUGGCUGUGAUUUCUGUUAACUUUAUCAUACCACUCUCUGUCAUGUUCUAUUGCUAUUACAAUGUUUCAGUCACCAUGAAGAGGUACAAAGAAAGCAACUGCCUGGACAGUAUUAACAUCGAUUGGUCAGACCAGAUAGAUGUAACUAAGAUGUCUAUUGUGAUGAUUGUGAUGUUCUUGGUGGCCUGGUCUCCAUACUCUGUUGUGUGUCUAUGGGCAUCUUUUGGCGAUCCUAGAACGAUUCCUGCAUCGAUGGCCAUCAUCGCACCACUCUUUGCAAAAUCUUCCACCUUCUACAACCCCUGCAUCUAUGUUAUCGCCAACAGGAAGUUCAGAAGAGCCAUCAUGGGGAUGCUGCGUUGCCAGACCAGACGACAUGUCACCAUUAACAACCAAGUUCCUAUGACGAUCUCACAAAUGGCUCUUAACCAGUAACCUCUAAUAAUGCCGACAAAGCCCAUCGUGUCCUUUGCUUAGCCCUGUGUGCUCACACUACCUAGCACCAUAGGAUGUAGUAGAUUGUUUGCCACUAAAUAUAAUUUAAACAUUGCAUUAUGUGAAGAGCCUCUUUUAAACAGAAUUUCAGCGUGGAAAUGAACUUCGCUUCAUCACCAUAGAUAUUCCAGUAAGGACUUAACUCAAAGGAAAGAAAAUUAUUUGUAGGUUGUGAUGAAAUCUUUGACCCCACUGUUAUUUUUGUUUAAUACACUAAAUGUAAAUACAUUAAUUCUAGUUUUAUAAUGCAUUUAGUGUGUAAUAAUUAUUUUGAAUAAUAAUGAUAAUCUUCAGAACAUAUGAUCAUAUAACUCAUAUAAAUCAUAUAAACCUUUUUAGAACUAUUUUAGUUCAACCAACCGGCUCUUAAAUACAAAACAAUUAUUUUUCUUAAACAUAUGUCCAGGUAAGAGUGA